UCAAACCUCAACAGUAUCAACAUUACUCAUUCCAUCAAACCUCAACAGUAUCAACAUUCAUACUAAAACUAGCCCUGCCACGUGUCAGCCCUACAAAUAUUCCUCAUUAAUGCAAUCUUUUCUGUUUCACUAUAAUAAUAUCACCACAGGACAACAAUCUCACAAAUUACACAAAAAUGGUGUCAGGAUGGAGAAGAGUCUUCUGCACAUCCAUCCGUACAGAUUCCGACCAAACCGCCAUUGAAGACGUUGAACAUGCUCAUCAUUUCACCAAUAACAGAUUAGGUUUUUUCUCUUCCUCGUCUUCAAAACCGUCUACUCCUCGCCUCCGCUGCCGCACCACCGCAACUCCGUCGCCGGAGAUUAAUAAGUACUUGAAUACUCCGCCGCCGUGUUCUCCUUCAUCGUUCUCGUUACUCAAAUCGAGUCUUCGUUUUCGCACGCGGAGAUGUGGAAUAUGUUUACAGAGCGUGAAGAAAGGUUCCGGAACGGCGUCGUUUACGGCGGAGUGUUCUCACGCUUUCCACUUUCCGUGUGUCUCGGAUUAUGUAACGACGCAAGGGAGCUUAGCAUGUCCGGUUUGCAGCAGUUUGUGGAAGGAGAUGCCUCUGUUAACGGUUGAAGAUCGGAAUCACAAAGUAUAUAAUGAGGAACAAAAUAGCAGAGAGAAGUUAUCCACGAGAAUUAUAGAUGAUGUUGAUUUAAAACAGCACCAAAAUCAUCAACACAAACGUCCAGAUUUGAAAGUGUAUAACGAUGAUGAACCGUUAGCGGUUUUGACUCCGAAAAGUAGGUUUAAUCCGAUUCCAGAAUCUGAUGAAGAUUUUCAAUCUGAAAGUUUCGUUAACUGUUAUAGAAGAGAUGUUGAAGUACGGAUGUCACCAGAAACAGUGGCUAUCACUGCUUCCGGUAGACACUUAACGUACGGAAUCAUUCUCAACGUAAAAGCUCCGGCACCGGAGAAACUACCUCGGCGAGCUCCGAUCGAUCUGGUUGUGGUGGCUGACGUCAGCGGAAAACUCAGGAAUGAAAAUAUACAAAUAAUGAAAAAAGCAAUGAGAACAAUUAUUUCAUCACUUUCUUCAUCAGAUCGGCUAUCAGUCGUGGCGUUUUCAUCGCAUUCGAAGCGGUUAUCGCCGUUGAGAAGGAUGAACACCACUGGACGGCGAACCGUCCGGUGCAUAGUGGAGGCGAUGACGGUUCUAGCUGGUUGUUCUAACGCAAACGAUGCCGUUAAGAAAGCCGUUAAAGUUUUGCAAGAUCGCCGUGAGAAAAAUCCGGUUGCUGCUGUUAUCUUAUUUUCCGUUGACGGUUGUUCUCACUCAGAGUUUAAUAUUCCUGUUCAUUUGUGCAAUCUCGCCGUUGCUGAAGAACACGUGAUCGGGAAACUCAUCGGAAAAGUGCUUAAUGUGGCGGUUCAGGAUCUCCGGCUAGAGCUAGAGUUGGUUUCCGGUGGAUCUCCGGCGGUUAUCACGGCGGUUUAUUGCCGUACGCCGCAACCGAUCGUUCUUGGAUCCAGGAGCGUCGAAAUCGGAGAGUUGUCGGCGAAUGAGGAGAGAGAAUUGUUGGUGGAAAUAAAACUGCCAUUAUCUACGGCUCGGGCCCACCGAGUACUAUCCGUGCAGUGUUGCUACAGGGAAUUAUUUACUCAGGAGAUCAUAUACGGUCAACAACAAAGUUUGGUUGUACCUCGGCCCACCACCGUUAGAUCAUCUUUGGCAUCCCCCACCAUCCAACGGCUGAGGAAUAUCUUCAUCUCGACUCGCGCGUUAGCCGAGUCGCGCCGGCUAACUGAAGGGAACGAUCUAGCCGGCGCGUGCAACGUUCUUGUUUCGGCUCGGGCCUUGAUGAACCGGAGUUUGGAUGGUGGUGACGAGUUUGUAGUUGGCUUAGAAGCCGAGUUGAGUGAGUUGCAACGGCGACGCAAGGUUCAGGCUCAAGCUCAAGAGGUUGGGAAAAGAGGUAGGGUGGGAGUGAUGCGACCGGUGGUUUAUACAUAUACGGACGACAAAGGUGAGGCGUUGACGCCAACAUCGGCUUGGAAAGUGGCUGAUAAGCUGGCUAAAGCAGCGAUGUUGAGAAAGUUGGUGAAUAGAGUCAGCGACUUGCAUGGUUUUGAAGACGCCAGAUUUUGAAGCAAGGGUCCUACUAUUUACGUCCCAGUUUUAGUGACCGCAACAAGUUAUUUGACAUUAGUUAAUUUAUAUAUUUGUUUUUCUUUUUAGAUUUAAAUUUAUAAUGUUUUAUUAAAAAGAUAUAAGAGCAGUCACAAUAGGAUGUAUGUUGAUGUUUUUAAGAAUAGAGAAAUGUGAGGUAGACGAGAGAGGGUGUGAGGUGAAGGAGAGAAGGUGUGGUGGUGUAUGUAGGGAAAAACAUGUAUUUGAGAAGAAAGAAAUGUGUUGUGAGACCA